AAUGAUAGGUGGCACUGAUUGGCAUUGAUAGGUGGCACUGACUGGCACUGAUGGGUGACACUGAAAGGCAGUUCAGAUGGGCACUGAUAUGUGGCAUUGAUGUGCACUGGCAGGCACUGAUAUGUGGCAUUGAUAUGGCACUGAUGGGCACUGGCACGUGGCACUGAUGGACACUGACAGGUGGCACUGAUGGGGCUACACUGUUCAUCAGGGCACACUGAUCAUCAGUGCCCUGCGGCAUUUCCCUGUUUGCAUGUGAUCAGCUGUGAUUGGACACAGCUGAU